AUGAAAGAAAUCGAGCGAAAGUUGAAAGAGUGGAAUCAAUCUGAUUUCGGCAACAUUGAUGCAAACAUAAAGAGACUUGAGAACUCAAUAGCAGAUCUAGAUGAAUUGAAUAAUCAGAGAGAUCUUGAUGAGGAAGAACUGGAUAAAAGAAAACAAGCACAGUGUGACUUAUGGAAGUGGAUGAAAAGAAAGGAGUUGUAUUGGGCGCAAAACUCGCGAAUCACGUGGCUCAGAGAAGGGGAUAGAAACACGAAGUUUUUUCAUGCUGUAGCCACAAACAAGAGAAGGAAGAACACAAUAGCAAGCAUUGAUGUGGAUGGACAAUCGGUAAAUGACCCUUCCCAAAUAAAGAACGAGGCAAGAAAGUUCUUUAAAAAAAUUUUCCGAGAAGAAUAUGAGUGCAGACCCACUCUUGAAAAGUUGGAUUUUAAUCGCUUGACUAAAGAUCAAGCAGAUAGCCUUAUUCUUCCUUUCACUAAGGAGGAGAUUGACAUGGCAGUGUCAUCAUGUGACGCCAACAAGGCCCCAGGCCCCGAUGGCUUCAACUUCAAGUUUGUGAAGAGUGCAUGGGAGAUUAUAAAACAUGAUAUGUAUGAAAUUGUGAAUGAAUUCUGGUCCUCAUCAAGCCUUCCCCGUGGCUGCAUGUAA